GUGUGUGUGAGUCCACAGGACUGGAAACAUGAAGUGUGUGCUGGGUCUGCUCCUGGGGCUCCUGCUGCUCCACCAGGGCCGCUGCUUUGAGUUUGUGAUAGACGGAGAAUGGGAGGACGAAGCGAAACAACCGGAGGAUCAUCGGGAGAGACACAAGAGAGCCAUAUUGACCAGCGAGGAGCAGGAAGACUUUGAGGCCAUUCGUGGCGAGGACAUCACCGUCAAGAGGUACCAGGUGGAGAGCCGCAUCACGUCGCGCUUUGCCCACACCACCGUCAGGAGCUCCGUGGUCAACUCGGGCUCCAAAGCCCAGAGCAUCGGCUUCAACGUGCAGAUCCCCAAACGGGCCUUCAUCAGCAACUUCACCAUGAAUGUGAACGGGAUCACCUUCAUGGGCUCGGUGAAGGAGAAGACGGUGGCCAGGAACCUGUAUGCUCAGGCCAGAGCCAGAGGCAAGGCAGCAGGCAUCGUCAGGGCGAAUUCCCAGGACUUGGAGACCUUCAAGACAGAAGUCCACGUUCCUCCGGGAAGCAACAUCGAGUUCGAGCUCCACUACCAGGAGAUGAUGCACAGGAAGCUGGGUUUCUACGAGCACACGCUGUUCCUGCAGCCCGGCAGGCUGGUGCCCAACUUCCAGGUGGACGUUUACAUCUACGAGCCAAAGGGGAUUGCGAACGUACAUACGCCGAACACACUCGGAGAUCAGUUUGCAGAACUGAUUCAUGUCACAUCCACCAAAGACAAGGCUCACGUGGUCUUCAAGCCCACCUUACAGCAGCAGAAGAAGUGCGAAAACUGCACCAACACCGCCAUCGAUGGCGUCUUCACCAUAAAAUAUGAUGUGAACAGAGACAGUAAUGCUGGAGAACUGCAGGUCUCAGACGGACACUUCGUUCAGUUCUUUGCUCCGUCCAACCUCUCUCCUCUCCCGAAGAACAUCGUGUUUGUCAUUGACGUGAGCGGAUCUAUGUGGGGCGUCAAGAUGAAGCAAACAGUGGAAGCCAUGCAGGCGAUCCUGGACGACCUGAGCAUUGACGAUCACUUCAGCAUCAUCGACUUCAACCACAACGUGCGCUGCUGGAGCGAAGACCUGGUGCCUGGAUCCUCUCUGCAGGUUGCAGAUGCCAAGAAAUACAUCCAGAGCAUCAAACCCAACGGAGGCACCAACAUCAACGAGGCGCUGAUGAGAGCGGUCCAGAUGUUGGUGAAGGCGUCCAACCAGGGACUGAUCGACCCUCGCUCGGUCUCCAUGAUCAUUCUGGUGUCUGACGGAGAUCCCACCGUCGGAGAGAUAAAGCUCAGCACCAUCCAGAAGAACGUCAAGCGAGUGAUGAGGGAGGAGUUCUCCCUCUUCUCGCUGGGCAUCGGCUUCGACGUCGACUACGACUUCCUGGAACGCAUCGCCAUGGAGAACAGAGGCAUCGCUCAGAGGAUCUACGCCAACCACGAUGCUGCGGAGCAGCUGCGGACUUUCUACAGCCAGGUUUCGGCUCCUCUGCUGAGGAGGAUCACCAUUCAGUUCCCGGAGGACUCGGUGUCGGACGUCACCCAGAACCGCUUCGACAAAUACUUCAGCGGCUCGGAGCUGGUAGUGGCCGGGAAGGUGCUGCCGUCGGACAGCGACACGCUGACGAGCUUCACCACCGCCUCGGCUGCCCUUCUGGACAUCACCAUGGAGACGGAGGCCGACACCACCGAGCUGGACCAGGAGCUGGCCAAACAGCAGCACUCCUUCACCGGCUUCGCCAGACAGAUGUGGGCUUACCUGACCAUCAAACAGCUGAUCAGUGAGAGGGCUCUGGCUCCGACGGCCGUCAAGAAGAGGAAGAUCACCCAGCGGAUCAUGGCUCUGGCCGUGGAGCACCAGUUUGUGACGCCGCUCACGGCUCUGCUGGUGGAGAGCGAGGACGCCCGGGAGAGGCUGCUGGCCGACUCCCCGAAGGACCCCAAACACGGCUGCUGCUCAGGAGGACCACCAGGAGGAGGCAGCAGCGGCCUGGCUCCUGUGCAGGUGGUGUACCAGCCUCCUCCCUGGGUGCAGAUGACCACGCCGGCGCCGCCCAGUCAGGCCGAGAAGGGCCCGGAGGAGUGGGCUCUGCCCCAGCGGGUCAAUUUAGUGGAUAACGACCCUCACUUCAUCAUCCACCUGCCCACCAGCAACAUGGACGUCUGCUUCAACAUCGACUCCAAACCGGGUGACAUCCUCAACCUGGUGUCCGACGCGGGAACAGGGCUCGUGGUGAACGGUCGGCUCAUCAGCUCCAAGCAGCCGCACAAAGGCAAGCUCAGCACGUACUUCGGCGCCAUCUCCGUCUACUACGAGCCUGACGGCAUCAGCGUGACGGUGCACACCGGCGGCAUCGCCAUGAGCGACGGCGCCAACAGCCACUCCUUCACCUGGGGCGCCACUGCCGAGGUCACGCAGGACGGGGUGAGGAUUUCCAUCGUGAAGAACUCUCACGUCACCGUCACGGUGAACAACCACACCCAGGUGAUGGUGCUGCUGCACCGCGUGUGGAAGAAGCACCCCGUCAACGUGGACUUCCUGGGCAUCUACAUCCCCAGCAGCAACCAGUACUCACCACUGGUCCACGGGCUCAUCGGACAGUUCUCUCGAGAGCCUGAGGUGAGCGUGCACGACGUCCGCCCGGGGGUCGACCCCAUGAAGAACGAGGCCACCAUGGAGGUGAAGGGCAACAGGCUGCAGGUCACCAGGGGCUUGCAGAAGGACUACAGGAGCGACGCCAAGCGCGGCUCGGCGGUGUCCUGCUGGUUCGUUCACAACAGCGGGAAGGGCUUCAUCGACGGCCACUACAGCCAGUACAUCGUCCCCAGCCUACACAGCUUCCUGCACGCGCCCUGA